GGGCCAUGGUUACGGAAGCCGGGGAGGGCUGAGUGCAAGGUCUACGUCUAGGAAGUUAGCGGCGGAAACUCGGACAGCAGUGGAGAACAGGUAUCUUAGGCCCAAUGGCGGCUGUGGAGGCAAGCGGCAGCGAUGGGAAAGGGCAAGGAGUGGAGUCCUGCGUCACCUAUUACCGAUUGGAGGAGGUGGCGAAGCGCAACUCCUCGGAGGAGAUAUGGCUGGUGAUCCACGGACGAGUCUACGAUAUCACUCGCUUCCUUAACGAGCAUCCUGGUGGAGAAGAGGUUCUGCUAGAACAAGCUGGUGCAGAUGCAAGUGAAAGCUUUGAAGAUGUAGGCCACUCCUCUGACGCCAGAGAAAUGCUGAAGCAGUACUAUAUCGGUGAUGUGCAUCCGAGUGACCUUAAACCUGAGGGUGGUAGCAAGGACCCUUUGAAAAACAACACGUGCAAAAGUUGCUGGUCGUAUUGGAUUUUCCCCAUCAUAGGCGCUGUUCUCUUAGGUUUCCUGUAUCGUUACUACACGUCGGAAAGCAAAUCCUCCUGAGGAGACCUUGUUGGAGUCUGGAAAGCAUAUGCACUUGGGAGUGGAAACUAGAGACUUGUUUGGAGGCUGCAGUGGUACCCUCUUCUUGAAUUCUGCCAGUUGUAUUUUUCCCCCUUGGAGCCCAGACGAUUGGCCGCACAUCCACCUCAGACACGGGGCCAGUGUCCUUCGUCUCUCAGAGUCUUACUCCCAAAGCACCUGGCCAUUUUUCUGUAUCCUUGCCAGUGUGUCCUCUCUUCACUGGUUUCCACGAACACCUUUACAUUUCAAAACUUUCUUUUAUAAUUACAAUCCAUAUGUCCUAGUGACAUUGCCUUUUGGUAACAAUGCCUGCUUUCCAAUACUUUGAAUGCACCCUAGACAUUCUUAACAGGGCAGCAUACUCUGGUUUUGAAGCUUUUCUUUUUCCAUUUUUCUUUUAAGUAAAUUUUUUUUUUAAAUUCUGACUUAAUUGUAUGGUUUAUCAUAAGGGGUUUAAUUCAUGAAGUAAAAGUGCACACCUAUGACUUAAAACACAACUGCCAAAUGAUCUUGUUCCUUGUUUCUCUUUGUUAAAACUAGAAAGAACCAUGUGAUCAUCUUUCCCUUCCUGAGCUAGCGUGGCAGGUAGCUCUCUUGCCACUCCCUGAGUUCGCCAAAUGGUGCUGGACAGAACUAUGCUUCCCAUUUGUUUCUUGGGAGUGGGGAGAAACGGGAAGGGAGAGGUGAAUUGGAGUGAUGGGGAGAAUUCUUAGUAAUCUUUCUUUUGAAAAAUAAUGAAAAACACUAUUUUAGAAAAAGCACCAAAGACUUCAUUGUUUACUUUGGUUUGCCACCAGUUUCUAGCCAUAUUAUUUUCCCCUCUAACCAUCUUUUAUUGGUAAAAUAGAAAUUCAUAGUUAUGUCUGUAGAACUUUACCAGGGAUUUUUGCUGCUUUUUUGUUUAUUGAUUAGCAAUUUUUUUAUUCCCCAUUUUACAAAAGUAAGAGACUUCAAAUUGAUCAAAGAUACAGUAUUUGAUCUUCUGUUUGCCCCAGUAAAAUACCUUCCGUAGUAAAGUGGCAUUUGAAAGGGGGAGAUUGAAAGGAAGAGAAUGUUUUCCAUUUCAGCUGUAUUUUACCUCCAUGGCUCCAACUUGUGGUUUUGUUGUUUUUCCACUGAGAAUUAAAAACUGGUAGUUUUUUUUCUCAGGUGAGUGUUUCAUUGAGGAGUAGUUUGUUAUUUAGAAUUGUGUUACUGUUUCUUCCUGGUUCAGGAAUUUCUCUAGCAUAUUUGACUUUACUUUUUUUCUGUGGAAGCACCUGAGGAGACCUCAGUACCCCGCUGUUUUCUGCCAACAGCUGUUUGUGGUGAUUUUUCUCCCCAUCCUUUGAGGAUUACCAGUCUGCUUCUAAGCCGUUGUCAUAUGCGGCCGUUGUCAUAAACAGCUUGGUUCCAGAAGGACCAUGGGCACUGCUCAGUAUCUUCUCCCCUCUUUCAGCUUGUCAGGGACUUGACAAGCAGGAAACUGCCCAGCAAACCCGUGCCUGCCCAUGCAAACUGUUUAAGAAAAAGUUCAACCCAGGUCUUGUAUCCUGUGAUUUAGCAGUUGAGUGAAUUUAGAAUUCAUCAAAAUAAUAUUAACCUUGUAUUUACACACUUGAAUAUGAUAUUAUGGAGUAAUUUUAAGGGGUUUCUGGCUGACUUUUAUAUAUCAGGGAUAUGGGUAUAGUCAAACUUUCAUCUUUAGAAAAUGUUUUGUAUGUAUUAUAAGAUGCCACUUUAAGACAAUUUAUUGAAAAAAAAAACUUUGGUUAUUAUAUAACAAAAGUGGUCUGACUUUUAACACUCCUCCAUUUGAAGCAAGAAGGGUUGCCUUGAAUAAGAAUGGGUAUAUAAUUGCUAUAAUAAUAAGGUUGCAUGAUUACAUGGGGCCACGUUGGGGUAGAAAUAAAGAACAAAGGAGUAUUGAGGAGCUGGAAGGGGAACAUUCAAGCUAAAACUAAGCCAGAAGAUAACUUGGGUCAAUUAAAAGUGUGUUGGCAGGCUCCAAAAUUGAAUGGAAAACAUCUGGCUUAUAAGAAAUGUUAAAGAACGAUAGUCUUAAGUAAAAUUGGUGUUUUUGAUAUUUUUGGGGUAAACACCACUGUAAAAGGUAUGUUUUUCUAUUUCAUAUUGGUUGUCUUUUCCUGUUUAUAUUUGGACUUAUUUUUACUCGGAGCCAGAGGAAUAGACUUUCAGACUUUUGUCUCCACCAUCCGUGUAGUCCGUCCAAGACCCAGGGCUUCUUUUGAUCUACUGCUGAUGUGAUGUCACUUUGUAUUAUAAAAACCACUUUUGGGUCCAUUUACUAUUAUUCUGCUCCCUCUGUAAACUGCCAGGUGAAAGGUAGAGCUUGUGUGCGAGUUUGCAGAGGUUUUUCUAAACAAUAAAGUAAUACAGUAUGUUAGCCAAAUCCAUCAAAAAGGACUUUUGUUUUAAGAGGUAGACUCGAAUUCUCGAAACAGUCUCCACAUUGGUAGGUUGUGAAAACCCCACUGGAGAGCAAGUGGAGCCCGGCCCUGUUGGCUGACUGUGCCCCCUGGAGGUGGUCUCUGGAGUGUUUGGUUGUUCAUUCCCGAGGAAGACUAACUGCUAUUGUGCCCCUACUGUAUACGUAAUGGCUGGAGGUCACAAAAGGAUGGGAUGAGGGAAAAUUUGUGCCACCAAAAUAGGGAUGUUAGUGCUGGGUCUCUGAAAUUUUUAGCCCCUGUCUCUUAGGAAUUGGUUUUGGUUUGCAAGUGACUUCUACAUUUGUAAAGACAAGAAAGUGGUGGGGACAAAGUUUAUAUUGUGUUUAGUUCUCAGACCACUUAAGCAGAAACAAAAAUUCAUUGGAACCUAUAAUUUGAGCCUGUAAAGUUCUUCUAGCAAGUUGUUAUAAAUGCAUAGGUUGCAAAAUAAGAGCAUUAUUGAGUUCAUACUCAUUUAGUUCCAACGUGGAGCAAUGAAAAAUGCUUUAUGGGCCAGGUAUAUCAUUACUUAUGAUAUCUCAUGCUUAAAAUCUCAAGUGAUAUCUAUCUGGUUAAAUUCCAUGUUAGGAGAUUGAAAUGCAGAACAUGAAUGUUCAUUACUUCCUUCCCCAGGAGAAAUGGAUUCAGACGUGUCUUGUCUCAGUAAGAGGUUGAUUUUUUUUAACCAUCUCAUUCUGUUGCCAAAUACCACAAAAGCAUUAGGGAGUUUAGGCGCCUUUGGCUGCUGUGCUCUGAAAGAGCCUGGUUUGGAAUUUGAGGGGGUGAUCUCAGAGGGAGGUUCCAAGAAGCAGAGAAGUAGUUGUCAGGUUACCUACCCUGCAUCUCAUGAGUUUUAGGAGCUGCUCUUUGCCUGCAGUUAUAUUCUACAUUUGCCAUUUGGGCAGAACAUAAUUAUGAUUAUUUGAUGUCCCUUCUUUUUACUUCACCCUCAACUAUGAACAAGUAAUAAUAACAUUCCUUUUGUGUAUUCAUUAAUGGAGUUUGUUUACCUAUUUUAUUUCAGCAUAUUUUGAACAAAGAUCUUUGUUUCUGCUGGAAUGUGCACACAGUGAAUGUUUGUUAGACCUACACACAAUAAAGAUACUGUUUUCCUUUU